AUGUACCAUCGUUCGGAAUACAAAGUGCAGUUUAUCCACCGGAAGGACAGCCAUUGCACAGACAUUGAUGAAGGCGCAGACGCAGAUAUGCACACGCAUAGCCCCCAAAGACAAAGAAAAGCAUCUGCCUACACAUCUGUACUCUUGCUUAAGCGCCCGGAUGCUAUUCCCCCACGAAUGCAUGUUGACAUCUGCAACAAUAUUUUACAAGUCUCACCGUAUAUCCUCUCGUCAUAUGUAGAAAGUCGAGCUCGAGCAAACAGCUUAUGCAAGGUACCGAUCACUGCCGAAUCUCCACACUAUGUUAUCGAGGGCGUUUCGUCAUUCACUCAAAGUGUUACACGGCGGAGGAGUUCAUCUGAUGAACAAGGAAUGAUAAAAUUCAAGCAUCCAAGCGGAUUUUCAGAUGAGGCAAUCGGUGAAGAUUUAAGUUCGAGAGAGUUUUCGAGAAUGGGGAUAUUGAUCAUGGGGGUACUGUGA